CCGCCCACUUCUGAGCAAUAGUGGGUGCAUAUGUCCGAGCACCACAAACAAACACUAUAGUAGUCACAGAAUUAAUUGCUACAUGAUACGAUUAGAGCAAUGGCUAGUCCAGCUAAUUACGAGUUUGUAGACAAAGUACCGGAAGAUCAUCACUGCACUAUCUGCACUAACAUUCUAACGGACCCAGUACUGACUGGUUGCUGCGGACAACAUUUUUGUAAUGGCUGUUUGAAAAAUUGGCUAAGGAGAAAGAAAACAUGCCCACAUUGUCAAACCGACAAUUUCCAAUGUAUGAAAAAUCUACGAAUGAAACGAGCAAUCGAUAGCUUGAAGAUCUACUGUCCUAAUCGCUCCAAGGGAUGUGACAAAAUUACUACACUCGGUGAAUGCAAUCAACAUCUCGAGAAAUGCUUGUUUGUGGAGGUAUCAUGCACAAAGAAAUGUGGAAAAAAAAUUUUUCGAAAAGAGCUUCAAGAUCACGAGGACAACAAGUGCCCAAACCGUCUGAUAAAAUGUCAGUAUUGCAACACAGACGUUAUGUACAAAGAAGUAACAGCCACAAGUCAUUUAGACAGUUGCUCAGGUUUUCCUAUUUCUUGCCCCAACAAUUGUGGACAUGAAAAAGUACAGCGUACGAAAUUAGCAGGUCACCAGAUGGUGUGCCCUCUUGAGCCAGUCAAGUGUCCUUUCUUUGAAGCUGGGUGUAGCGAAAUAGUUGUACGAAAAGAUCUGGCAGCACAUAAAGCAUCAAACACAGAGCACCACCUGGAGCUAAUGAUGACAGAGACUGUUUCACUCAAGCAGGAGGGAAGGACUACCAAAGAUCGACUACAGCAACUAUCAGUCAAAUUUGAUGGCCUAGCAUCUUGUGUAACUAAGCAACUAGGCACCAUUGGUUCUAACCCUCGAAAUACAUGUACACAAGCAGCUAUCAACAACAUCAAAAGCUCUCUAGAGACAAUGACCACAAUGCUAGCACCAGGUGACACACAAUAUUACCUACCACUAGUUAAAGUGUCAGAGUAUAGAGCUCGAUCAGCUUCGUUCUACAUCAAGCCUGGCUAUAAAAUGUAUGUGAACAUUGAUAGUCACGAUAAUUGCACUGUAUACUUGGAGAAAGGUGAACAUGAUCACCAACUAAAGUGGCCUAUGCCUGAAUUGGAAAUUAAACUCCAUAAUAAAGUGGACCUGUGUGGAGUAACAAUCUGCGCCGUUUGUGAUCUCACAGUGAACCAAUUAAAGGGUGAUAAAACACAGCAAUGUAUCAACCCACGACAACCUAGAGUAGGAAGGGUAAUUCAAAAAGGGGUUCAAAAAGACUUAGAUUUUGUAUUCCUUACAGUAAGACCCCAUGACUGUGAGGAAGCAAUGUUUAUGUCUCUUAACAGAAAAACUUUCUGACUGACCAUUGCAUAUAGAGACUGUACAAUUUAUACGUAUCUUAUCUUUAUUUCUUUCAUAGCCACACCCAUUAUGAUUUUUACACGA